AUGAAAGGCUGGAAGCUCUGUCUCAUCUUCAUCUUUCCACUGCUGACUUCAACUCUUGGAGGAGAGGACACGGUGGCAGAAGACAUCGGUGUCCAUCAACUGGAGCGAUUAGUGGAGAUGCUGACGGUAAAGGAGUGCGAAGAUCUUCUACGCACUCUCUCCCACCCGGAGGAAAAUAUAUUCCAUCGACUUGAACGCCUCUCGCCGAAAAAAAAUCUAUCAGCUCUUAAGCCUCGCACCAAAAGAGACACAUCUUUAUUUGUGGACAGUGAGGCUCAGUGUCAGGCAGCCCUCACAGAGUGGCUGCUGCAGUACGGUGACCACACCUACUAUGACAGACUCACACGCGCCUUGCAGCACAUUGGCAGAAGUGACAUCGCCAUUGAAGUGGGGAAGAACAUCAAUCAGGACAAAGUGUUGAAGCUGAAGCGCUACGUGGACGGUUAUCACAAAUAUGUGAGCUCUUUAAACGUCCCGUCAGUACAAGUGGAUCCAAAACAAGAUGCAGGUCAGAAGGUCAAGAAAAGAACUGUGAGGGAUCUGAGUUGGCGUGACCUUGACCUGAUUGUGGAGCGAGCGCCUGUUCCCCCGUACAUGAAGGGACCCAUGGACGUAUUUCUGCCAGUCUUGUAUGGCUUCAUGAUGGGCUUCACAGGUACUUUGUUUGUAGGUGUCCUUAUCUUCAUUAUUGUCAGCAGAAAACAGCUGAGUCAUCAACCGAGGGUCAAGAUCAGCUCCAGCUGCAGGUACACAGCUGGGGAACACAAGUUUUCUUAG